AUGUCGCAAUCCGGUCGCCUUCAAGACGUUGGGGGAGUCCUAUACUACUCCCCAAAUUGCACGAGAACGCUCAAUUUCACGGGAGACCCUUUCGCUCAGGAGGACGUAAACCCCUUUCAACCGGAGAAGCACAGACCCCUUGAACGCCCGCGCAAACCUUCGACGAACGACGCUUCGAACACCACUAAUCCACCAAAGUUCGUCCAGAAAUAUCCGCGAUUCGGAGACAUCUGCGAGCCUCGAUUAUGGACACCCGCAUUUGGUUGGCUGGCGUUCGCACCGAUACAGUACUCCGACCCUGGGUAUCCGUUCAACAGACUAAAACGGGUCCCGCUACCUUUGAUCUUGGGGUCGCCAGAGGACUUCAGUUACCGAAUGCCGGAAAACUUCACACAAAGUUGGGCGAAACUAGAGUCUGAACUGUUCGGGGCCGUUACGAAGCUGAAAUCCAAGUUCUCGGCGGCUAUGGUGCUACCAUUCCUACCAUGGGCCCACGGAUACCUGCUUACCUUCAAGAACCCCAGGAGCUACGAUCGUGCAGUCGGUUCGUCGAGGGAUUGGUUUUCUAUCUGGUGGGGAGCGCUUUCGUACUUGGUAGCACACGCGGAUUCUAAGAGGGAUGCUUUCACAUUGAACAGCUAUGUCCCUCAAUGGCAUGUAGAAUUGGAAUCAGAGGUGGAUACGGCAUGGAUAGAUGGCAUUUGGUUUUCCUCAAUAUGUGACUUUUCAUUCAAUCCGAAUCGAAUUGGUUGCAUCGUCGAUAUUGUCAACCCUAAGCCGUACCAGCCAACCGUGGAGUGGUUCGUGAAACACGGCGUGCCCGUCUGGUACCGAUGGGGUUCUUCCGAGAUAGCUUCGGCUGAUCAACGCCUCGCGCCCCCUCCAGGGACACUGACUGGGAGCCCGGAGCGACCAAUAGGCACACGAAAACAAAUACUCCUACCACAUUUACCAACAACGUCGUCGUCACCGCCACCUCCCGACCCAAUGGCCUCAAAAUUAUCUAACUUCAAUGCAGCAUGGGCCGCGCAUUGCGCUCGACAUCAACGUGCACAUGCCCGAAUCAUGGAGAAGGAGACCCCUACCGAAAGACAGGCCCGCGAAGCCCGAGCGGCUAACCCUCCAGUGUCGAAAGUCAGGGUGUAUGAGUGGUGUCCUUCGGAAAGUAAUCCGGAUACAUAUGAGCGGGUUGCGGCGGGGGUUAAGUAUUCCAGAGACACACUGUCUUUGUACAGUUCGAAACAAAAGAAGUUUGAUUCGUUUUGCAGAGAAUGGGAUUGCUGUGACUUGUUCAGCGGGGAUGAUGACGAAAUCGACCUGGAGGAGUGGUCGCCCGACGACCUUAGCCUACCUAUCCCAACUUCACUCAGGAAUAAGAUCGCAGAAGCCUACAAUCUGCGUUUGGAUGUCGACGUCAACGACGGUGGGGCCAUCUUAGAGCAAUCCGAAGGUACUAGUCUGUCCGAGCACGAAGAGACCUGCCCAUCCGCCUAUCAACCUCUUCAGAUCGCCCGAGGGUCAUCAGCAAUUGCCACUACAAUCGUCGACGAAGAACAGGUGCAACUCGUUUCCCGUACAGACUGGCUAGUGAAUACAUUAUUGGAGGAAGUGAAUAGCGUCUUUGGCCUUCACUAUGGCUUCGUCCCACCCUUACCAUCAACGCCUGUACCAUCAGAGGACAAUGAUAAGAUGAGGAGGAACUUCUGCCGGCUACUUGGACUCACAGACAACGAGCUAAAGCCCAAUGAAUACUUUGCCACUGCACACUACAAGUCAGCGGUACAAUUCAUGACGGCCCAUUCCAAGCGCAAGACCCCUCAUGCAGGUUCGUGGGACCUCAAGGACGACGUCAUCUCCCCUCUCAAACACUGCUCUAGGCUUCGGGAUCUCCGAAUCACUGCCAUACCGUCCUUCGACAACCUCGAGCUGGUAGACAGCGGUCAAUCUGACUGCGUGCCUCGUUACUACUGGUUCAAUUUUGCGUCCUCGACAAAGCCUUGGAAGUUGGCUGUUCUGAAUGCCUUGGACGCCCUUUUUGUCUGUCGGCUGCCACCUGAAUUCAAGGAGGAUGAGAUUGUGUUAACCUUGGUGCAGAAAGGCAUCUCAUUCCGUCUUUUCUUUCCCCGUUCCCACUUACAAGCUCGUCGUUAUCGAACGCCGUCAUAUAGCCCUCUGCCCAUUAGACCGUUGAAGCACAAGUUUACGAAGAUCGAUUACGAUAGCUAUGUGAACACCCGCACUCGAAUUCUUUCUCAACCUCAUAUGCGUGCAGCUUUACGACGAGGCGGGAUCAUUUGGCGCCUGGCAAUCGCAACACUUGGCAUGGGGGACGUUGAGAAAACUGCGGUGGGGUGCAGUGGACUACUAACAACGAGACUCGAAAACUGUGAGGGGGAGUACGUGGAUGAUGGGCUAACCGCACGGGAAUUGGACUUGAUUUGUGGUGCGUAUACCUGUAUCGAUGAAGACACAGGUUCGGUCGCAAUCAAAUCGUGGUGGCCCCUUGCACGGGCAUACGAACGCUCAGAUUGUGGAGAAAACUAUGGCCGUUGGUGCUGCAGGAGGGAGCAGUGGUAUAUAAAGAGACUAGAAGAUAUCGAGCGGGGCGUUGAAAAGUUCGACCAACCUCUGGCUUUCCAAGAAUGGAAGUCGGCUCAACGUGGCUUGGGACCCAUUCGGCAUUUUCAUAAUACCCUUCAAUCCGCUUCCCAUGAUUUCAUUGAACGAUUCCUCUUCUCUCGAGCCAACACUUCUUGA